AGCAGCCCAACCAACAGAGCCCUCCGGAGAACGCAGGAGCCAGCACCCUGCCCCAGAGAGGACAAUGAUAGUCAAGAACGUCUGGGAACCAGUGGGCUUGGGCCUAGCCCUUCUCCUCCUGGCGCUGGAGACCACCGUGACAGGCAACGCUUCCCACAGGUGCUAUGGUACCCCUGGGCUUCCUGGCACACCUGGCAUGCCUGGCAAGGAUGGCAGAGAUGGGCUGAAAGGAGUCAAAGGCGAACCAGGCAUCCCGGCCAUUCCUGGAACCCGAGGGCAGAAGGGGGAGAAAGGAGAACCCGGCAGCCCCGGCCUGCGAGGAAAAACUGGUCCCAUGGGUCCCUCUGGCAUCCGGGGAGAGCCGGGUGAGCAAGGCCAGCCUGGAGGGCCUGGCAUGGCUGGUAAUUACAAGCAGAAGCACCAGUCAGCCUUCUCAGUAGUGAGGCGGACCGGGCAGCACCCAGACAAGAACGCCCCGGUGGUGUUCAACCACGUCAUCACCAACCCCACCCAGGACUACAAUACCACCUCGGGCAAGUUCACGUGCCGCGUGCCCGGCCUCUACUACUUCAUCUUCCACACCUCCCAGACCGCCAACCUCUGCAUCAACAUGUACAAGAACCGGCAGAAGGUGGCCAGCUUCUGCGACCACAUGUCCAACAGCAAGCAGGUCAGCUCCGGAGGCCUGCUGCUGCACAUGGACGCCGGGCACCAGCUCUGGCUGGCAGUCAACGAUUACAACGGCAUGGUAGGCAUCGCUGGCUCCGACAGCGUCUUUUCCGGCUUCCUGCUCUUCCCAGACUAGGCAGGCCGGGCCAGCUCUGGCACGCGCCGGUUGAUCCCAGCCUCUCUUUGCCCUCUAGCGUGCAUGCCUGCGCCCUCCCUGCAUCGCAGUGCCUCACCGUGGGGCACAAGGGAACGGCACGCCCGGGGCUCUCUGCACAGGUCCUCUGCUUGUGUCAGCUUGGCUAGGGCUGGGGCCGGGCCUGUUGGCUGCAGUCCUGUCCUUGUUGGGCCCCAGUAGCCACCCAGAGCAGCCAGACUCCAACCAAAAACUAACCAGGGUCGAGCAGGUUUUCACAUGUGUUUUCGAGACAGAGUCACCAAGUGUAGGGAAGGGGGUUGUCUGGCUGCAUCCCUGCCUAGCGAGAACCACGGUGGCCUCACUGUCCCCGCUCUCCCCAGCCACUCUGCGCUCGCUACACGGUACAGGGUCUAGCUGCUGCAAGCUCUGCAUUAACUAGCCCUCGCUGCUUCACGCUGCUCACACCCAGAGACUCCUAGCCCUGGGGUCUCCCCGCUGCCCCCAGCGAGUCAGCGCCCCAGAAAGUUUGGAAAGGGAACUUGGCCAUGAGCUUCUGUCGAAAAUGUCAAUAAAUCCCCACUCUGUGGCA